AUGAAGAGUCUCAGGCGUGACUUUUCCGCAGAUCCGUCGACUGCGAAUGUCACCAGCAAAGUCUUCGUCCGCUCGACAAAAAGUGGAAAGGUGCAAAAGAUUGUUCGCGAGCUUUACUUAAGACAGGAUAUCCCUUGUUCGUCGAGGCUGUGUACAACAUGUCCAUCAGUCGCUCCGACGGAUGCAAAUGGAAACAUUGUACCAUUCGUUCUCUCUGAGCAACCUGCAGGAACAACUGCCUUCCCCCGCGGACAUUACAUCGUACCUGAUACAAACGCGUUAUUGAAUGGUAUGGACCUAUUUGAACAUACAGGGGCAUUCUAUGAUGUGAUUAUUCUUCAAACGGUUCUGGAGGAGCUGAAGAACCAGUCUCUUCCACUGUACAAUCGCUUGCUCGCCCUGAUCAAAACCGAUGAAAAACGUUUCUAUCUUUUCUUCAACGAGUUCCGCCUUGAAACACACGUUAGGAGGGGUCAGGACGAGUCGAUCAAUGAUAGGAACGACCGAGCCGUUAGAACAGUUGCGAAAUGGUACAUGGACCACCUGCACGCAGUGACAAAAAGCAAGAAGGAGAAGUCGCUUCCAACAAUAGUGGUCAUUACGGAUGAUAAAGAGAACUUGCGCAAGGCUAAAGAGGAAAAUGUGACGGCCUUGUCUCUAGAGAACUAUGUCAAUGGCCUGGAGGAAGCGGACAGAUUGCUCGACAUGAUUAACGAGUCAAGAGAAGCUCGGGAGGCGAAGGAGUCUCGGGGGGAGCUCUUCUAUCCAGAGUACUAUUCAAUGUCGAAGAUGAUGACAGGCCUUAGGGCUGGAAACCUACAUCAAGGAGUUUUCAAUGUCUCCCCUUACAAUUACUUGGAAGGACAAGUUAAGGUUGCGGCAUUCGAUAAGCCUCUGAUUAUCAUGGGCCGUCAUAACAGCAACCGGGCUAUCUCUGGAGACGUUGUUGUGAUUGAAGUAUUACCCAAGGACCAGUGGAAAUCUCCGUCAACAAAACUCGUGGAGGAAGAAGCUGUCACCAAAAAUGACAACCCCGAAGCUGGUGACAACGAAGCCGUCGUAACUGAAAAAGAACGGAGAGCGUUACAAGAGGAGGUUAAACAGGCACAUGGGAAGAACAUCGAGGGGCGGCCACAACCGACCGCAAAGGUUGUCGGUGUUGUGAAGCGAAACUGGCGCCAAUACGUUGGAACCGUGGAUUCAACUUCAACAAGUACCCAAACUACCGGCCGGCGACAACAGAAUGUUUUUGUUCUCCCAAUGGACAAGAAAGUUCCAAAGAUCCGGGUUCGAACGCGACAGGCGACGGAUCUACUUGGUCAGCGAAUUCUAGUCACGAUCGAUAGUUGGAACCGCGACUCCCGAUAUCCAACUGGACAUUUCAUUCGGACACUAGGAGAGUUGGAAACGAAGGGGGCCGAAACAGAAGCGUUGUUACUCGAAUAUGACGUGCAGUACAAACCCUUCCCGAAAUCCGUAUUGGACUGCCUUCCCUCAGAGGGCCAUGGUUGGCGAGUACCAGAAAGUAAGGACAAUAUCGGUUGGAGAGGACGCAGGGAUCUCAGGGACCUUCUCAUUUGCAGUAUCGAUCCUCCAGGGUGCCAAGAUAUCGACGACGCUCUCCACGCACGAAAGCUGCCUAAUGGUAAUUUCGAAGUGGGUGUCCACAUCGCAGAUGUCUCCCAUUUCGUCAAACCUAACAAUGCCAUGGAUCUCGAGGCUAGUGUUCGAGGAACGACAGUCUAUCUAGUCGACAAGCGUAUUGAUAUGCUUCCGCACCUUUUGGGCACGGAUCUGUGCUCGCUCAAACCAUAUGUGGAACGUUAUGCGUUCUCGGUUCUAUGGGAGAUGACGCCGGAUGCAGAGGUUGUUUCUGCUGACUUCACAAAGUCUGUGAUUCGAUCGCGCGAAGCCUUCAGCUACGAGCAAGCACAGCUGCGGAUUGACGAUCCAUCGAAGACUGAUGAUUUGACAGAAAGCAUGCGCACACUGCUUCACAUGUCAAAGAUCCUACGCCAGAAGCGCAUGGAUGCUGGUGCACUGAAUCUCGCAUCUCCGGAAGUCCGCAUUGAAGCAGACAGCGACGAGGUUGGUGAUCCGCUAGCAGAUGUCAAAACCAAGGCUAUGCUCGCGACAAAUAGUCUUGUCGAGGAAUUCAUGCUUCACGCCAAUAUCACUGUCGCAACCAAAAUCUACAACUCCUUCCCUCAAACCGCCAUGCUCCGAAGACACGCCACACCUCCACCUCAAAACUUCGAAGAGCUCAUCAGCCAACUUACCAAAAAGCGAGACAUGCGCCUUGAUGUUUCAAGCUCUGGCGCGCUCGCUGACUCCCUCGACCGCUGCACCGACCCCCAGAACCCCUUCUUUAACACCCUGGUCCGCAUUCUAGCGACCCGUUGUAUGACAUCAGCCGAAUAUUUUGGUGCAGGUGCCCACGCCGAGUCUGAGUUCCGCCACUACGGUCUAGCCUCUCCCAUCUACACCCACUUCACCUCCCCGAUCCGCCGUUACGCCGAUCUCCUCGUCCAUCGCCAACUUGCCGCAGCGAUCAACUACGAAGGCGAAGACGGCCGCGCCACAAUCCAGGGUUCCAUCACUCGCAACCGUCUCGAAGACAUCUGCCGCAAUAUCAACUACCGCCACCGCAACGCGCAGCAUGCCGGCCGCGCUAGCAUUGAAUACUACGUCGGGCAAGCACUCAAAGCGCGCAGCGAGAAGCUCGCCACGGACGGAGUCGACAGCGGCAUCGAGGAAGACGGCUACGUCAUGCGCGUUUUCGAGAACGGAGUCGUGGUAUUUGUUCCCCGGUUCGGUAUUGAGGGUGUUGUAAGGUUGGAGGAUUUCGUUUUACCGGGUGAUCAAGCGUUGCGCUCUGUCGAGGCGCGAAGAGAGCUCGUACCCAGGCGUGAGAGUGAUUUUGAUCCCGAGGAGUAUACGCUUAAGGUUUCUGAUAAGGGUCAGGAGCAGCGGGCAAUGCUUGUUGAGCUUUUCCAGAGGGUCAAGGUUAAUGUUAGUUCUGUGAAGGAGGAGAGUGGACGGGGCGUUGGAAAGAGGAGAGUUCGGAUAUUGAUCCUGAAUAGCAAGAAUUAG